GGCGGGGGCAGGGGGGCCUGGGUCUGUCGGCAUGGCGACGGCGCUGGGGGGCGGGGCGAUGCCGGGAGCCGCGGGCCGGAGGGCGUCGGAGCCGGACCACGGGCUGUCCAAGAUCACCCACAAUGCACUAGAGAACAUGGGCUCGGCGCUGGGCCACGGCCUGAAGCACCUCUUCCAGCCGCAGCGCCGCCGCUCCUCCGUGUCCCCGCACGACGCGGCCGCCCUCGCCGCCGCACAUGCCCAGACCCACUCCCCUGCCGGCGGCGUCGCCGACCUGCCCGAGGGGGGCCUUGGGGGCGAGCCGCUCUCCGGUGCCGACAACAACAACCACCCCUCCCACUACUUCGCCGCUGCCUCCUCGCACACCCACACUCACCUACACCACGGCCACACACACGUCCCCUCGUCCUCGUCCUCCCACCCCCACCACCAUCACCACUCCCUCUCCCCCUCCGCCGACCCCUCUGACGGCCCCGCUACCGCCCCUCCUCCCCACCCUGCAGCUCUGAGCCGCGUGCUACAGCAGAUCCGCGGCUCCCACCAGGGCCCCAUGAUGAAGCGCGGCACCAGCCUGCAGAGCCGCCGCGCCAAGGCCUCCUCCAUCUCCGCGGGGUCCUCCUCCGGAGCAGGGGGGGGAUCGGCCUCCGGAGCGGGGGGCUCGGGUGGCGGCGGCGGCGGCCCAGGGUCGGGCACCUGCGGCGGGGUCGAGGCAGGGCAGCAGCAUCAGAGGGGCAGCCCCCAGAUCCACCGGCGCUCCACGCAGGAGGUGCUGCUGCUGCAGGUGGGCCGGCCCCGCUCCUCCUCCACCACCGACACCCCCAGCAGCCCCGCCCUCGCCGACAUGCUCAUCGCCAGCUCCGGGUACCACUCCACCGAGGAGGCCGACCGGCUCGACCGUGGCGGCGUGGACUCGUCAGGAUGUCCGGCGGUGUCCCCCAGCGCUCUGCUGUCCUACAGCUCGGAGGGCGGCGCCUACGGCCUGGACGCGGUGGACAGCACGCCGGACCCGCAGCGCACCAAGCACGCCAUCGCCCAGCUGCAGCAGAAGAUCCUCAAGCUGACCGAGCAGAUCAAGAUCGAGCAGACCGCCCGCGACGACAACGUGGCCGAAUACCUCAAGCUGGCCAACAACGCAGACAAACAGCAGAGUGCCAGGAUCAAACAGGUGUUUGAGAAGAAGAACCAGAAGUCGGCCCAGACCAUCCAGCAGCUGCAGAGGAAGCUGGAGCACUACCACCGCAAGCUGAGGGAGGUGGAGCACAACGGCAUACCGCGCCAGCCCAAAGACGUGCUCCGGGACAUGCACCAGGGGCUGAAAGACGUCGGAGCCAAGGUAACCGGUGGCUUGUCCAGCUUCUCCCAGGCCACCCACUCAGCGGCCGGCGCCGUCGUCUCCAAACCGCGCGAGAUCGCCUCGCUCAUCCGCAACAAGUUUGGCAGCGCCGACAACAUCGCCGGCCUCAAGGACUCCCUGGACGAGUCGGGCGAAGACGGCCCCGGUGGCGGGGGCGGAGGAGGAAGCGGGGGCGUCUCGGGCCCCCAUGGGACGUCCCGGGCCCUCGGCGGUGGGAGCCACCACCUGCAGUCCAGCCCCAAGUACGGCAGCGAGGACGACUGCUCCAGCGCCACGUCAGGCUCCGCGGGGGCCAACAGUACCACGGGGGCCCCUGGGGGCCCGCCCAGUUCCAGGGGCCACCUCUUGGGGGAGCAGGGGGGAGGAGGAGUCGGAGUCGGAGGCUCGGGGCUGGAGAUUCUCUUCCAGGAGGUGCAGGACCUGAGGGAGAGCCAGGGACGCCUGGAGGAGUCAUUGGAGAACCUCAAGGCCCAUUACCAGAAGGACUACACACUCAUCAUGCAGGCCCUACAGGAGGAACGAUAUAGGUGUGAACGUCUGGAGGAGCAGCUGAAUGACCUGACAGAGCUGCACCAGAAUGAAAUCCUCAACCUGAAACAGGAACUGGCAAGCAUGGAAGAGAAGAUAGCAUACCAGUCUUACGAGAGGGCACGAGACAUACAGGAGGCGCUGGAGGCCUGCCAGACGCGCAUCUCCAAGAUGGAGCUGCAGCAGCAGCAGCAGCAGGUGGUGCAGCUGGAGGGCCUGGAGAACGCCACGGCGCGCACCAUACUGGGCAAGCUGAUCAACGUGCUGCUGGCACUGAUGGCCGUGCUGCUGGUCUUCGUGUCCACGGUGGCCAACUGCGUGGUGCCCCUCAUGAAGACGCGCAGCCGCACCCUCUCCACGCUGGUGCUGGUGCUCCUCCUGGCCUUCGGGUGGCGCCACUGGGAGCUCAUCUCGCUCUACCUGGACCGCUUCCUCAUCUCCACGGCAGCCGCCACCACCGCCACAGCCACGGACACGGAGGCCCCCAGAUGACCUAACUGCCCUGCGUGCCUACUUUACCUGCAGCAGGCAGGCCACCACGCCCUCCUUUGGAACACCCCCCCGCUCCUCCAGCCUCCUCCCCCCUAAACAAACACCUGGACCUUUUUUGGAAGCCCUUGGAACCUUCUGGCACCUUUUAGGAACAUUGAAUUCCUUAAUUGAUUGAUUGAUUGAUUGAUUGAUUGGUCCUCGCUGUCCCCUCAAUCACCCCUCUCGCUCGCUCGUCCGCCCGCUCGCUGUCCUAUCGUCAUUACUCCCUGUGCUCCUGGACCACACCCUACACUGCUACCACCUACCAUCUCCGGCUCCGCCCAGUGUCUGAUGGGGGUGACAUCCAGUAGGUGGCUCGGGUGGCAGACAGGGUGGCAGGGGGUUGGUGGACGGCACAGAUGAACUGAGCUGAACAGACUCUUGGUGCGCAACGAGCUGAAGGGGAAAGGGACAGACGAACAGGCAAACAGACGGACGGAUGAAUGGAUGGAUGUACUGUAUGGAUGGACAAACAGAUGGACGGAUGACAGGAAACGGAAGGAACAGGGUUGCAAAUGUUGUCAGAGAGGUAUAGACGUAAUAGAGGGGGAAUGUAGUCAUGGGACGAGUGCAGGAAUCAGAGGUAGAAUGAAGAAGGAAGCAGGGAAGGAAAGCAGGAAGCAGAGACUUGAAACACUUCCUGCCUGCUGCUGACCCCUGACUUAUGAACUUUGAACUCUUCACCUUCCUAGAUGCACUGCGGGAGGGGCUUAGCGACGGAUACACGCACAGAGAGAGAGAGAGAAAGAAAGGAAGAUAGAGAAGUGUGUGAGAGCUCUCCUGACUUCGCCCUUGCUUUUCUCCUUUUAAGAGUGAAUUUGUUUACAUUUUGAAGGGUUUUUAGAUUUUUAUUUUUCUCUUUUUUUGUUGUUUUGUUUUUGUUUUGAAGCCCACUGGAUGAAUCUUAAUGUUGUUUUUUAAAAAGUGUAUUGAACAGAUGCUUAUUAACUGUUAUUUUAACUGCUGUUCUUAUCAGUUUUAUGCAAAGGAUCUGGGUAUGUUUUUUUUGUUUUGUUUUUUAACAUUUUUAAUUUAAAACAUGAAAAUUUCAACCAUGAAAUGUGUUUGUGCUGAUGAUGAGGUGCGUUCUUAACAGCAGAUCUUAAUUCAGCCACUGCUUCCAUAGACAUUGAGUACAGUAUAGUAUAGUACAGUACAGUACAAUACAGUACAGAUUAGUACAGUACAAUACAGUACAAUACAGUACAGUAUGCUGUGUG